CUCAUGUUUGCUUGUGGGCGAGGUUAACAUCUGCUUGCGCAUUGUGUUCACGGGUCAUGGCUAUCACAUGAGGAGCUUGAAGUGAAACAUGUAUAACUGCUAGAAGACAGCGUCACAACAAGAGCAAGAUGAUUGCUGUGUUGGUGCUGUUCAUGGCAGGGCUGGUCUCCAGUGCUGUAAUCUGUCCUGAUGGAACACACUGUCAGGACAAAAACACCUGCUGUCUAACUGAGACGGGAUAUGCCUGCUGCCCAUAUCCCAAUGCUGUCUGUUGUCUGGACAAGGCCCACUGUUGUCCAGAAGGCUACAAGUGUGACAUGCAGACUCAGCAUUGCGUGAAACAGGGGUUUCCAUGGUACAACUUCCCAAUGUCCCCUCAGAUAGCUUCUGAGGAAAAGCCCCCAUCUCCUGCAGUGGAUAUGCCCGUCCUCUCUGCAUCUGUGGUGCAUUGCGACAACUAUCAUGUUUGCCCUGAUGGUACAACAUGCUGCAGGACCCCCUCUGGCAUAUGGACCUGCUGCAUCUACAAUAUGGGCCAGUGCUGUCCUGAUGGCAUCCAUUGCUGUCCAUAUGGUUACCACUGUGACUACACAUCCACUCGCUGCCUGCAGGGAGAGCUGAGCCUGCCUGCUUCUCCUCGGAUACCUGCAACAUUCAACAGCACCAAGCAGGAUCAGUGCUGUCUGAGUGAGACGGGCUGCUGUCCCCGAGGGUUCCACUGUGAUGAGAAGAGCAGAACCUGUGUGAAUGACUUUGAAAUGGUGAUUCCAGUAGUUCCUCUGAUGCAGGCUUCAGACAGCCAGGUCCAGGCUGGGGUCAUACGCUGCAAUACCCGCUUCUACUGCCCAGCUGCAUACACCUGCUGCAGGACACCUACUGGCCAGUUUGGAUGUUGUCCAUAUCGUCUGGGUGUGUGCUGUAAGGAUGGAAAGCACUGCUGUGAUUUUGGCUACAAGUGCAACUCAUCAUCCUCCAACUGCAUGAAGGGCUACAAAAGCAUCCCUGCUCGCCUCAAGAAAAAGGCGCUGAUCCUCUAAACCCAUGCACUGAUAGAGAUCUCUAAAAGGAAGGCUAUUAUCCAUAUAAGGAAUAAAGCAAGGAGCAUGCACUGAUUGCAUUUAUUACUUUUUUGUGGUACAUUUUGCCUCUCUGAAUCAAUGUGUCUGCUUAUUUGUCAAUAAUCUUUAAUGUCGCAGGAGUUUUUCUUUCCCCAGAUUUUUUUGCUUUUGCUUGCAAAUCAAGAUUUUGCUUUUAGACUAAUAUAAGAAUUAUACACUCUGCCAUACAAUAUAAUGCAGUAGUUUAUCAGGCAGUAGUGUUUACAUACAUCACUGUUACUGCUUUAGAGUUGACCAUCACUUCAAAAUACCCAGCCAAGAGCAGCUCUGUAGUUACUGACCACUGAUGAAUGAAAGAUGUGCAGUGAUCAACACCAAUAAGGCUGAGUUGGUAUAAUAUGGCUGUAUAAUGUGAGAAAAAACAGUUGAAAUGCUCUGAUUUUUUUUUUUUUUUUUUACAUAAACUGCUACCAAAAUGUGCUCUGGUAUUCCUGUUAUAUCAUCCUAAUGAAUAAAGACAAAAUAAGCCAUGAUUGCUCAAA